AACUUGUCCUUCUUUCUGAAUCCACCUUGUGCAAAGUGGUCUAAGCUCUCUGAAGUGCUGAGCUGGCAGUUUUCUUCUGUAACAAAGAGAGGACUUAACGCAGAUCAGCUGAGCAUGCUGGGAGAGAAGCUACUUGGGCCAACAAGUGGAGGAUCUCAUGAUGGCCUAAUUCCUUGGACAAGAUUCUGCAAGGAAAAUAUAAACGAUAAAAAUUUCCCCUUUUGGCUGUGGAUUGAGGGAAUCCUGGAGCUCAUUAAGAAACACCUCCUAUGUCUCUGGAACGAUGGCUGCAUCAUGGGUUUCAUCAGUAAAGAAAGAGAACGUGCCUUACUGAAGGACCAGAGCCCAGGAACAUUUUUACUAAGAUUCAGUGAAAGCAGCAGAGAGGGAGCAAUCACGUUUACUUGGGUAGAAGGAUCUCAAAAUGAGCCCCAGUUCCACUCGGUGGAGCCGUACACCAAGAAGGAGCUCUCUGCUGUCACCUUCCCCGAUAUCAUUCGCAACUACAAAGUGAUGGCAGCUGAGAACAUUCCUGAAAACCCCCUGAGGUUUCUGUACCCAGCUAUACCCAAAGACAAUGCCUUUGGCAAAUACUACUCCAGGCCCAAGGAGGCACCAGAGCCUAUGGAUUUGGAUGGUCCCAAGGGAAACGGCUACAUCAAGACUGAAUUAAUCUCUGUGUCUGAAGUCCACCCUUCUAGGCUCCAGUCUCCAGAAAAUCUGCUCCCCAUGUCUCCUGAAGAGUUCGACGAGGUGUCUCGGAUGGUGGGCUCAGCAGAGAUUGAUACUGUGAUGUGUUCAGCAUAUUCCACUUAG